UGCAUUAGAUUUAAUAACUUAUACAGUUACAGAAAAUAACAAUAUUGUUUUAGAACAAAAUAGAUAUAUUUUAGAACCUUUUCAAUUAAAUAAUAAGAAACUUGAAAUUAGUUUAAUAAUUGAUUUAUUAAAUAUAAAUUUUGGUAGACAAGAUAGUACUGAAGUAUUUCAAUUGAUAGUAGAAAAUAGUAAUAUGAAAUUUGAUUCUAUAAUAAUUGUGGAAAGUAAAGUUCAAAAUGCUAAUAAAAAUUUGUAA